AAGAAGAAGAGUAUGGCGUGGCUUUAGCGUGCCGGAGCAGCUCAGUCGAGUGUGGACGCUUAGCCGCAACUGCAGCAGCUACCAGGAGCAGCAGCAACCAACCAACAAUUUUUAUUAUUUUGUUCGUGUGUGAUUGUGUGUGUGUGUGUGUGUGUAGAUUUUUAUUUUUUUAUUUUUUCCAGUGUCGGAGUAGAUCUGGAAGAAAUUUCUAAGAAAUAGAAGAAGAAAAAAAGUGUCGAUCUACACAUGAGUGUCGUCUGCAGUGAAUCGCUUAUUUCCAGGGAAUAAUAAGAUCAGAGACGAUUCCCAGGGAUUUCCAUUAUGGAUUAUCUGCUUACAAAGUUGUGAUUUAUUCGUGCGCGUUGUAUAUGGAUUAUUAUUAUUAGACACAAUCGAUCCGUCCGAAAAAAAGUCCAGCAGUGCGCACACCCAGCACCGGUGUGUAGAUUGAAAUCAGACACCGGAGAGAAAAAACAACUUCAACAGCAGCAGCGACUAUUGUGUGUGUGUGGAUGUAAUUGCACAUCAUCAUCAGACCAGCAGCAGCAGCAGCAGAGCGAGGCCGGAACAAACUCCUACACCUUUUGAAAUCAAAUUAAAAUAUAAAGCCGAGUGGAAAAUUUUCCCAUUUUCUUUAGCUGGAACGAAUGUACGACAACAUGACGACUUACAUGCUCUCGGAUUCGCCGGAAUCCGGAUCGGGAUCCAAUCACCAAAUCGGCGGAGGCAAUUCGAGUUCCAACGCUCCGUCGCUGAUCGGAUCGCCGAGAUCGACGCCCGUCUUCGGCAACAACGGCCACGCCCUCAAGACAAACGGCGGUUUGAUGAUGAACGGAUCAUCGUCCGGCGCUAAGGAGAUGGGCGGCCAUCAGAUGUGGAAUAAUGUUGGCCAUCCACAGCAGCAGAUGCAGUCGCCCGUCGCCCAGCCACCGCUGCCACCGCCGCACCAUCACCGCAACAACGUCAUUGUGGACGACCGCGAGGAGAACCAAUCGCUGCGCUCCGAUCACUCCAAUUCCAUGGCCGGCGGCCUGUCGUCUUCCAAUCGGGCCCACUCCAGAUCCUCACGCCACCAGCACCAGCACAGCAACCGGCCGCUGGCCUCGACCCAGUCCGGCAAGAGCACCAGUUCCGGCCACCACCGAUCGCACAGGAGCGCAAGGGCGGGACAACAGCGGGAUCACCCGAUUUCAUCGUCGCCCAUGCAAACAUCGGCCGUCCUCGGCGACCGCAGCAACAACCAGCACCAAGAAGUCAUCGAAGUCCAGAUCCUACCUCAGGAUGACGGAUGGGGCGACAACGCCACGGCUCUGACGGGCAACACGUCCGUGGCCUCCGGAUCGAUGGAUGACGUGUCGAGGCUGGGCGGCGGAGACGGCGGACGCGGUGGCGGAGGCGACGGAGGGCCUAACGAUCCGGCCUGGUCGUCCAACGCCAUGGGCCAGUUCCAGAGCCAAGGCGGCCACCUCGGCUGGAAUUUCAAAUGCCAGCGCUACCUGGGCUCCAUCACGGCUGCCGUCUUGGCCGUCCUGGCCGUCAUGACGCCCGUGGCCAUGGUCCUCCUGCCGCGGAUGCAGAUCGUUCCGCUCCGCUCUGAGCAGCUGCGCUGCCCGGCCGAGUGCGAAGGACUGCUCAUCACCCUGACCGUCAAGCUGGUCCUGCUGGUCCUUGGCAGCUGGGCCGUCUUCUGGCGGCCCACCAGGGCCACCAUGCCGCGCAUCUUCUUUCUCAGGACCCUGGUCCUCCUCCUGGUCUUCGUCACCACUUUCGCCUAUUGUCUUUUCUACGGUGUUCGGGUGGUCGAGCAACAGGAUCAGCUGGACUACAAGGCGAUUGUGACGUUCGCUUUGUCGCUGGUCGACGCUCUUUUGUUUGUCCAUUAUGCUGCCGUUUUGCUCCUGGAGAUCCGCCAAAUGCCGCCCAGGUAUUACCUACACGUCAUCCGCAGUCCUGACGGCAUUUCCAGGGGCUACCCGAUCGGAGCCAUAUCGAUCCAGCGGGCCGCCGUCUGGUUGCUGGACAAGUACUACACGGAAUUUCCGAUUUACAACCCGUUCCUGGAGCGGCUGCCGCCCAGGAGGAGCCGCUCAAAGUUGGCCCAUUCGUCCUCGUUCAAAUUCUACGACCUGGACGCCCAGAACAAUCACGGCUCCCUCAAUCCGGGUAAUGCCAGGGGCGUUUUGUCGACGACCAGCUCAUCGACGACGGCCCGUCGCAACAAUUCCAGCCACAACGAGAGAUUUUACGAAGAGCACGAAUACGAACGACGUUUGAAAAAGAGGCGCGCCCGUUUGGUCACGUCCGCCGAAGAGGCUUUCACCCACAUCCGACGACUUCAAGCCGAACCAGGACCGGCCGUUCCGAUGGAUCCUUACGAAGCGGCCCAGGCCAUUUUCCCGUCGAUGGCCCGCCCGUUGCAAAAGUACCUGAGGAUCACGCGCCAGCAGCCACGCCACACGGUCGAGUCCAUCCUCCAGCACCUGGCCAUCUGCCUCAGUCACGACCUCUCCGCCCGCGCCUUUGUCGAAAAGUUCCUGGCUGCCUCGCCCGUCAUGCAGAACGACAAGGAAAAGUGUCCGAUUCAGACGUGGUCGCUGGUGUGCGACGUCCUCCUGUCGCGUGGCAUCGAGGACGGGACCGUGUUCCAGCUGAGGCAGGGCGACGUCUCGCUCCUUUGCCGCAUCUCCAACUUGCCGCACUUCAACAUCACCGAGGAGAUCAUCGAACCCAAAUCCAACAAAUUCGUCCUGCGGCUCAGUUCCGAAACUUCCGUCUGAUGAAAUAUUCAAGUGGACGGACGGACUCGUCGGAAUAAAUUUGUUGUAAAAAAAUAAUUCAGUUCAUUUGACCAAUUAAAUUUGUUUUGUUUUUUUCGUUUUCUUUUCAAAAAAAUUUGUUUUCCCGCGCUGGAUAAUAAUUUUUGAAACAAGAAACUAGUCGUCUUGCGUAAUUCGUGUCCUUUUCUUGCGUGCGACCCCCCCAAUUUUUUUAUUUCCGGUUUGAUCGUUGAUAAUAUUCAGAAAAAAAAUACUCGCAAACAUAUCGAAAGAUAAGAAGAAUUAAUGGCCUCCGGACUCGAUAAUAAUUAAUAAAAUUGUUACGUCCAUUUUUGGCUAAUAAUUAUAGACACGCUGAUUAAUAAUAUGAUUGGCUCAACAAUAUGUGUUUUGGGUUUUUUUUUUUUUGCUGUGUGUGUGUACAUAAUCAUGUUAUAGUCGAGGGCAAAUAAUGAUAAUGAUAAUAAUAAUAAUAAUAAAAAUAAGGGAACCUCAUUCUUCGCACCCGUAACAAUUUUUUUUCCCGACACCCACGCAAAAAUUGGCCAUUGUUCACGCGGGCUCUGAUUUAUUUUGUUUGAUUUAAAAAAGAAAUUCUUUUUUUUGUUUUUGUUUUUGUUGGUCUAAUAACAAUUGCUGAUGAUGUCGACUUUCUCCCUUUGUUAUUUGGUUAUUUCUCUCGCCUAUUCUUUUCUCGACGAUGUGUUGUAUACGUGUGUAAUAAUUGACACCCCCAUUUCUGUUGGCAACAACGAAGUUAUUAGACACAAGUACACACAACACACGGUGGAAUGUAGGUGCCAUGCGUCAUCAUCCCCCUCCAUUUGAAAAAUAAAAUACAAGAAAAAAAAUGA